UGCCAAGUAAUUCGCAAAAUUACCCACUAUGCUUUGCUCUUCCUUUCGCCAUUUUGCACUGAAAGGUUUCCACCAUGGUGCAGCGGCUGACAUACAGGCGGCGACUGUCGUACAACACUAAGUCGAACCGCAGGCGCAUUUCGAAGACUCCAGGUGGGAAACUGGUCUAUCUGUACACCAAGAAGAAGGGCAGUGUUCCAGUAUGUGGGGACUGUAAGGUCAAGCUGUUUGGGGUGAAGGCACCCAGACCCAAGAAGCUGAUGUCCAUGUCCCGGAGACUGAAGCAUGUCACCAGAGCUUACGGUGGAUCACGCUGCUCCAAGUGUGUCAGGGAAAGGAUUGUUCGUGCUUUCCUGAUUGAGGAACAGAAGAUCGUGGUGAGAGUGCUGAAGGCACAGGCUCAGUCACAGAAACCUGGCAAGGCCAAGUAAACAGGACAACAACAACAUGUAGACACAAUAAUAAACACCACAAAUAAG